AUGGGGAUGCUUCCAGAGAAAAACCAAAGCUGGGUUUCUGAAUUUGUGCURCUUGGCUUCUCCAGUGACCCCAUGUCCAACAGGGUCCUUUUCUUUGUCUUCCUUCUCCUCUACCUGAGCUCAGUGCUGGGCAAUGGGCUCAUUGUUGCCCUGAUCUGCCUGGACCCUCAUCUCCACACUCCCAUGUACUUCUUCCUCUGUGUCCUCUCGGUGCUGGAUACGAGCUACAUCACCACCACCAUGCCCCAGAUGUUGGUGCAUCUUCUGGCUCACUCUCGGACCAUCUCCUUUGCUGGCUGUUGGCUGCAGAURUAUGUGUUUURUGCUCUGGGACUGACYGAGUGCAUCUUCUUUGUAGUCAUGGCUUAUGACCGCUAUGUGGCCAUUUGCUAUCCUCUGYGUUAUACCAUCAUUCUCAACUGGAGACUGUGCACACAGUUGGCAGCUGGGACAUGGGCCUGUGGUUUCCUCUUCUCUCUGGUCCAUACCUUCCUCACUAUGAGGCUGCCAUACUUGAAUGAUUCUUGCCUGUAUGCUGUUGGAUAG